AUGUCUACAGUAACAAAGAAAAAUAAAAGUUACCUUGAAUCGUUGUCAGAUCAAGAUGUUUUAACUUUGAUAAAGAAAUGUUAUAGAGAUAAAUUAAUAUAUGGCUAUGUUCAGUGGAAAUUAUUGGAUAGAAAAAAAUUUUCGAAACGCUUUUCAGUUAAUACAUUCAAAAAUAUAUGGAGAAUAAUUAACAAGAGCUUUGAUGAUUAUUACGGGAAAUAUGAAAAUGAUUUAUCCCAGGUUGAGGUGGAAGCACAAGAAGUCAUAUGGAAAAAUAAAGAAGAAAAAAAAAGAAGAAAAGCGGAUAAAGAAAAAUUUAUACAGUUAUAUUCAUCCAAGUUAAGUGUAAGUCUUUCAAAUAUAUCUUUAUUAAGAAAAUUUAGUAAAGUGAAUAGUAGUCUUCAUUUUCGUAAUAGUAAUAGUAAUUAUUAUAGUCCUCUACAAAAUAAUUUAAACAAUAGUUAUGGGAAUAUGUUAAAAAGUGUAUGUAACGAUGAAGAAAAGAAUAAAAAAAAUUAUGAACAAAAUUAUGAACAAAAUUAUGAAAAAAAUUAUGAAAAAAAUUGUGAAAAAAAUUAUGAAAAAAAUUAUGAAAAAAAUUAUUUAUUAAAAAGUGAUAUACCUAAUAAUAGUAAUAUUAAUAGAAAUGUUGAUUAUAUUAAAAAAAAUAUAAAUUAUAUAAAAACACAGAGCGAAUUAUUAGACUUGUAUUUUUUAAUAAUAUCCUUAAUUCAUGAUAAUAAAAGAUUUCUUCUUUUAAGAAAAAUGGAUGAAAUUUAUGAGAGGAAUAUUUUAAAAUGUUACAAAAACAUAAACAAUGUUUAUAAUAAUUAUAUAUUAAAUAUUAUAAGGAUGAUAUAUGAAAUGUGUGCAAUAUCGAAUAUAAUGCAUAAUAAUAAAACAUCACAAGAUCAAUUUCAUAAAAAUAUAAGUAAAUAUAUGAAUAAGAAAACAAACAGUAACGUUUCCUAUAAUAUAUAUUCAAGUUGUAGUACUAACCUUCGAUCCUUUGGACAUGAAAUAUAUAACAAAAGUAAUAAGCAGCAUACUCAUCAUAACCAUUUUAUAAACAGUAAAUGUAUAGAUAAUAAACAAAAUAUAAUUAUAAUAGAAACUAAUGAAAAAAUAUAUAGAUUUGAUAAAAUGCAUUUAAAUUAUGAUAUAUUUUAUGAUAUAUAUAAAAAUAAUUUAACAUUAAAAAAUAAUCAAGUAAUAACAUUUUUCUUACCUUUACCCAAAAAUAAACCUAAUCAUUUAACAUAUAAAAAUAAUAACUUUUAUUAUUUUGAUGACAUAAUAUAUUUAAAUAAGAAUUUAAGUGAUGAUCUUUAUAAUUAUAUUUAUAUUUUACAAAAAUAUUUCCUUUCUUUUAAAUUCUGGUAUUUUUAUUUAAGAUAUCAAGGUAUCGACAAAAUGAAAAAAUUAUUUAAUAAGGAAUUAUCAAAUUUAUUUUUUUACCUUGAUAAUUAUGAUAAAAUAAAUAAUAAAUCAUCAAAUAUUUUAUUUUAUCAAAACAACGGAACAAAAAAAAAAAACAAAAAAAAAAAUAAAAAAAAAAAAAACUAUAUAUUACUCUUUGAAUAUAAUAUAAAAACAUUGAUAAACCUAUGUUUACAUAUACUAAAAAUAUAUCUAAACAAGGAAAUUAAAAUCAAUAUAUCAUAUUUCCAAAUAAUAAAAAUAUUAAAUUUAUGUUUAAACCCAACACGUAACAAAAAAAUUAUGCGCCACUAUGUAGUACACAUGAAAUUUGUGCAUAGCAUUUUUAUGAAAUUAAUCAAAAUUAAAGACAAAAAAAUUAAAAAAAAAUAA